AUACAGAUACUUAAGAAAGUCAAUUUGGUACUUAUUUAGAAGUGCUGAUUAUUUCGGGCACUUUUUUUGGCAUGUCUGCAGAUACCUGCUGUUCCCGUUCAUAUGGCAUAGCACAGAGCACCGGAAAGGUUUCAAAGUACGACAAAAUGUCUUCAGUAUCUACAGAGGCAACAUUUACAUUUAAGGUAGCCCCAAAGCGCGGGAGUACGAAUGGUGUUAGCAUAAGUGCCAGCAGUAGCGUUGGUUCCAGUGAGUUAUCAGAUCCAUUAGACUCAGAUUACAGUGAAGAAGCAGAAGAAGAACAGAGUAAAUCAGAACAGACAGAAGAUUCAGAGGAGAGUAAAAAUAAAGAUGAUGGUAAUGAAACAGAUGAUGAAAGCGAAAGUGUUGAAACAACCAAAAGUGCUAGAAAAUAUCAUUUAGACGAUUUUCAAAUGAUCAAAACUGUGGGAACCGGCACUUUUGGGCGUGUCUGUUUGUGCCGAGAUCGAGUUACAGAAAAAUAUUGUGCCAUGAAAACGCUCGCAAUGACUGAUGUGAUACGCUUGAAACAAAUCGAGCACGUUAAGAAUGAACGGAACAUUUUGCGCGAGAUCCGACAUCCGUUCGUUAUAAGUUUGGAGUGGUCGACUAAAGACGACAGUUGCCUUUACAUGAUAUUCGAGUAUGUGUGCGGUGGUGAAUUGUUUACUUAUUUAAGAAACGCUGGCAGAUUUAGUAGUAAAACAUCCAAUUUUUAUGCAGCUGAAAUAGUUUCAGCUCUGCAAUACUUGCACUCCUUACAGAUAGUUUACCGCGAUCUGAAACCUGAAAAUUUGCUUAUCAACCGCGAUGGACAUCUGAAAAUCACAGAUUUUGGUUUCGCAAAAAAACUGCGGGAUCGAACUUGGACACUUUGCGGUACGCCUGAAUAUUUAGCACCUGAAAUCAUUUUGUCCAAAGGGCACAACAAAGCUGUGGACUGGUGGGCGUUAGGUGUGCUCACAUAUGAAAUGCUUGUAGGCUACCCACCAUUCUACGAUGAAAACCCAUUCGGAAUUUAUGAAAAAAUUCUUAGUGGCAAGACAGAAUGGCCGCGUCACAUGGACCCGAUUGCAAAAGAUUUAGUUAAGAAAUUAUUGACUAAUGACAGAACCAAAAGAUUAGGAAAUAUGAAGAACGGCGCUGAUGACGUAAAGGGGCACCGAUGGUUCAAACACUUAAAUUGGAGUGACGUCUACAAUAAGAAACUUAAGCCCCCAAUCGUUCCCAGCGUCACAUUCGAUGGCGAUACCAGCAACUUUGAUGAAUAUCCAGAGACAGAGUGGAAGCCAGCCAUAGCAGUGGGACAUGGAGAUUUAGAAUUAUUUAAUGAUUUUUAAUGAUUAAUUAUUAUAUUUAUAAAAAAUAAAAAAAAAAAAUAGAAAUGAU